UUCAAUGGGACACUAUCUGUAAACCUAAGGAUCAGGGAGGGUUGGGUGUUCGAUCUGCCAGGAAUUUAUACAUGGUUUUUCUGGUUAAAUUAGCCUAGCAGAUGCUGAAGGAUGAGCAAUCUCUUUGGUUGCAGGUUUUGCAGAAAAAGUAUUUCAGACACAGUGGCAGUAACAUCACAAGGAUGAAAACCAGCGAUCACUCACCAUUGUGGAAGCCAAUCCUGAAAGCUAUGAUAAUCAUGAAGUCGGAAACCUGUUGGAGUGUGAGAAAUGGAAGGUCAACCAGCUUUUGGUGCCAUCCAUGGAUCAAUGAAGAGACCAUCUUGGAAGAUUUUCUCUUUACCAACAUCUCUGCUGAAGAAAGGGAGGAACCUGUGUGCAAUUGGGUCCAUCCUUCUGGGACUUGGGAUUGGGAGAGACUGACUGGACUUUUACCUGAUGACAUUUUGUUCCUCCUUGCAGGUAUUGACACCCCAAGACAGAACCUGGGUGAGGACACUACAAUUUGGGGAAUUGAUCAAGAUGGCAGAUUUCGAUUGAAAUCGGCCUAUAAAGUGGUUGCCAACAAGCUGGACCUGACAAGAAGCAAAGAAUGGAAGCAACUAUGGAAGUGGAAGGGACCUAACAUAAUCAGACACUUUCUCUGGCUGGCCUUGCACGAUCGCCUCCUGACCAACCAGGAGAGAGUCCGGAGGAAAUUUACUGAUGAUGGCUCCUGCAAACACUGCAAUGGCAUUGAGGAAACAACAGAGCACAUCCUUCGUCAUUGCAGGAAGACCAAGGAGCUGUGGAGACGACUUAGACACUCUAUUACUAUGCAGGACCAGAACAUAAACUUCGGGCAUUGGCUUAUCACCAAUAUCAGAGACGAUGAAAGAGGAACCCAUUUUGGCAUUAUACUGUGGCACCUUUGGAAACAGAGGAAUGAGGAAACCAUGGAGGGUAAGGCCUUCAACGAGCAGAGCCCGAUCCAAAGGAUUCUGGCCUAUUUCAACAUUGUGAAAAAUGCGCAGAAUUUUGGUAGCAAAAUCGAUGAAGGACCUCAACGCAGAAAGACCGCUCUCAACCUUGAAUGGACUCCACCAAAUGAAGGGUGGAUGAAAAUUAAUACUGAUAGAUUAGUGAUCAAUGGGAACAAGGCUGCUACUAGGAGUUUGAUUAGGAGGUUUUGGCCACCUUGAAACCGCUCCCUUCCGAUGCGUUUGCUCUUCCCGAGGCGCUGACCGCACCCUGUAGCAGCGGUCUGCGAUCCAUGGCGCAGAUUGCUGAGGUGGCAAGCGAUCCGCCGCUGGAUCGCCACUGAAUCCUGCGGUCUCUAAGCCCGCUCCCGAGGAAACACAGACCGCACCUUGGAGGUGCGGUUCCCAGUCUGACGUGGCGCAAAACGCACCUCCAAGGUGCGGUUUAUACAUAAAAUGCACCUGGAGGAUGCAGUUUAAAUAUAAAACACACCUGGGA